AUGAGCAACACAAAAGUAUAUAGAACUGAUCGAACAAGACAAGUUAUAUUUACUGAUCAAAAAUUAGAAAGAUCAUCAUCACCAAAAAGUACAGAAAAUGGUAUACUACCAAAAUCAAUACUUGUUAAAAGAACUGAUACUCCACCAUUUUCUCAAAAAAAUUGUCGUCCAUCAUCAAAAAUACAAUCGAAAAGAUUAUCAAUAAAACCAAAUGAUGAUAGUACAGAAAUAAAACAAUCAAACAAUGACAACAAUUCUAUUCCAGAAAAAAUUGCAGUACAACCAUCAGUUAGUAAAACAACAGAAAAUGAUGCAAAAUUAAAUUCACAACAAAGUAUAUCGAAUGAAAAUGAAUCUUUAGAUAGUACGGAAUUAGGAACUAUCGAUAAAAAUUCUGAUACAAUUGGUAAAAUUUAUAGUCAGAAGAAUAAAAGUGGCAAACAUAAAGAAAAUCAAGAAACAUUCGAUUUAUUAGAUAAAAUAAAACAUAGCGCUACAGCCGAAAUUAUUGGUCCUAUGCCUUUAUCUCAACAAGCUUGCCGAUUUGAAUUACCAUUUGAUUUAAAAUUACUUGAAACAUUAACACCACUUGAAUAUUUAAGUAAAUAUUGCCAUUUAUCAUCACGUCGACAAUAUCAAUUUAAACGUAUAUUUAAUAAAUAUCGUAAUCAAAAACAUAAAUUCCAUUCAUCGAAUUUAUUUCUAUCAUUAGUGGAUUUACAUCAAGAAAAUUUUACACAUACAAAAUUUGAUUAUCUUUGUGAAUUAAUUAAUUUAGAUGAACAAGAAUAUGAAUUUACAUUUAAUACAUAUUCUGGUAUAUUAGCAUUUUGUGAACGAAUGUUAUAUAAUUUAUCACCUUCCCAUAAAAAUUACAUUGAUGAUCGUCUAACAAAAGAUACAAUAGAAAAAUGUGAUUUCGAGAAUUUAGGUCGAAAAUUAGAUGGACUUAUUAUUAGUGAUACAAUGAAAAAAUUGUUAUAUACUCUUUAA